CUGCCCGGCUGCUUCUACUAUUUCCGAGUCCUCCGAGUCUUCUAAUCGUCUCCAAGUAAGUUUCUUUCAUUCCUUCUCUGAGUCAUGUCAGACCGUGAGGAUAGUCAGAACCCCUCCGUUCAUUCUUAUGGUUCUGGCGGCCGGUCUCCCACCUUUGGUUCCUCUUCUUCUUCUUCAUCCUCCGACUCUGAGCACCCGGCUACUUCUCCACAGAAGAAGCCGGUUGAUGCUUCCACUUGCGCUCCCUCUUCUUCCGCGGCGCAAGUGGUCUCGGUUGCCCAGUCCGGGGACAAGGGCCUCAUUCAGCUAGACGAUCGGUUGCUCCAAGAGCAACCGUCGUACAUGCAGAAACCCCAAGUCCACGAACUGCGUAAUCUGAUGCCUGAUGGGUAUCAAUUGACCUACCGGGCAACGUGGAAGAGCAUUAUACCUCUCCAUGCCGGCACGUCGAUUGGGAUCCAUUACCAUUCGAUCAAGGACUUGGGUGAGUUCUCUAUUCACCCAUUCAAAGUCCUUUUCCUUGAGACCUACGGGAUCAUGCCCGGGCAGCUGGCCCCUAAUGGUCACCGUUUGUUAUGCAGCUUUAUCAACGUCUGCCGGUUUCUUCGUAUUCCUCUUUCUCUUCGCCUCUUUGAUUAUAUGUUCGAUGUUUGGCCCGGGUCCAAGGAAACCCUUGGAUUCGUGGUGGUGUCUUCCCACCAAGGUCGAGCAUUCCUUUGUGGUCUUCCACCCUCCAACAAGAAGUGGAAAGACAAAUAUGUCAAACCAGUGGAGGCCGAUGACCUGGUUGCUUGGGAAGCCACUCUCCGGACCGGGGAUGCCUCCACCCGCGGUCUGUACCAUGUUGGGAAGUGGAGCGUCUACCCCGGCCGGGAGACCGACCCCGAACCGGAGAUUGUUCUGCCCGGGGUGAUCCCCGAAGCCAUCCCCAUCCGUCAGGCGAGGGGAUCCAAAGCCCCGGCCACUACCAAUGCCGGUCCUUCAUGCCCGGUGAAGAAGAAGGAGGAAGUGGUGAAGUUUCAAUCCAAGUUUGUCGUCCCCCAAAUCGUGGUUGAGGAGCCCUCCUCCGCUCAGCCACUCAUUCCUCCAUCCAGCCAACCACUCUUGAUGGAUGAUCUGCCGGCCCAGUCUCACCAAGGGACCAGCCAGCCGAUUCACUCGGGGGAGAUCUACUUCAACGUAGACACCUUCGAGUUCGACAAUCUGAUGGGUGAGACUGGGCAUACGUCCCAGGCGGGGGUGGGAGACCGGCCUAAUGAGGAAAGGGACGCCAAGGAGGAGACUUCUGGGGGGUCCCUUCAACGAAAGAAGCGGAAGACUAAGGAAGUCAACCAGCCUUCCCAUCAGGGGGCCCAGUCCUCCGAUGCCGGCAAGGGGCCGAUAGUGCCUCGUUCUCUUGCUCUAAUGUCCAGGUCAAACGAGGAGCUCUUCCGAGCAUUCCGUGCUGAUCUGAAUGAGGUCGGCCGGAUCGGGGAGGAGUACUUCGCCCAGCUGGUGAAGUCGAUGGAUGAGGAGAAGGCCCGGAUGGAGGCCAUGAUGGUCGAAUGCCGGAAGGAAGCCCAGGCUGCCCGGGCCAAGGCAGAGAAGAUAGAGGCCAAAUGGACAGAGCACUGUGCGGUUUACCGCCAGCUCUAUGCCAAGCACGAUGGUCUCCUCAAGGCUGCGAAAGAAGCCGAUGAGCAGGCCCAGGCCAAGAUCAAUCAGCUGGAGGCCGAAAAUGCCCGGUCAGCCGAGGAAAUCGCUCGGCUGGAAGAUGAGCUGCAGAAAGAGCAAUCGGAGCGUGCCGCCCUUGCUGCUGCCUGGGCCACUCAAACGCCUGAGGAGUUUGCUGUUAAGGCGUUGCCUGACCGGGAGACUGCCAUCCGUUUCUUCCAAGGCUUGUACAAGUACGAGGUCUCGGCCGGGAUCGUCGAUGAAAUCGGAACGUACGGCUUUGAAAGCGGCCAGUACUCGGAGCGGAAGGCCCUCUAUGGCAUCCUUCAGCAGAGGAUCCAAAGUUUUCAGCCAAAGGCUCUUUCUCUGCCCGAGCUGCACUCCGAGGCGCCUGAACCUCCCUUCCCGGGCAUCUGAUCCGUCCGGCCUUCCUUCCUCAUCUGAUUUUCUCUCUUCUUCUUUUUUUUAUAUGAUGUAAUGGUCUACCUCCGGGCACUUUUGUAUUUC